AUGGGCAACCCUCACGUCUUCUUCGACAUUGGUUUCGAUAAACAGCCAGUGGGCCGCAUUGUAUUCGAGCUAAGGAGUGAUGUUGUUCCAAAAACCGUAGGGAACUUCCGUGUGCUUUGUACCAAACCAGAAGGCAAGGGGUUUAAGGGAUCAAUUUUUCACCGAAUAAUUUCUGGCUUUAUGUGCCAAGGUGGAGAUUUCACAAAAGGCAAUGGCACAGGGAGCAAAUCCAUCUAUGGUAACAAAUUUCCAGAUGAGAACUUCCUACUCAAACAUGAAGGAGCAGGAACACUGUCAAUGACAAAUGCUGGGCCCAAUACAAACGGAUCACAAUUUUUUACCUGUACUGAGAAAACUAGUUAGUUGGAUGAGCAUGUUGUGUUUGGCCGUGUGGUAGAAGGCAUGGAUGUCGUACAACAAAUGGAAUCAAAGGGAUGGCAGAGUGUUACUGUUACUGUUCGCAUUCUUGACUGUGGAACAAUGUGA